AUGAAAUUGGAAUUGGGUGGAAAGUUUGAAAGCAAUUAUUUGUCGGGUGAAGUUGAAGGAAAUUGCGAUGUCUUUUUAGGGAAAAGUUUGUACUGUAAAAAUUGCGGAGUACUCAAUAAAUAUUUAUUUGGAAGGAAAGAACAUUUAUUAAUAUUAAUAAAUUACUUAUUAACUGUUAAUGAAAAAGAUCUCUUAUCACUGUUGUUUAUUUUUUGA